GUUUCACAUGUCGAUCCAAUAAAUUUUUGUUGUAUCCUUUUUUUCUAUCCCAAGAAAAUAAAAAAAGUAGAACAAUACUUUUUCACACGUUUCAUGAAUAAACAAAGACGUUGCUUUCAUCGUCUUCGAGCCGAUUUCUAGAUUCUCCUCCACCACCAUUUUAACCCUUCUUUUAAAUUCCUUCCUUCAAUCAAAACUUUGUAUUUAUUUAUCACAAACCUCUUCUUUAUAUCUCCUAACAACGUCUCGCAUGAACAAGAAGAUUGAAUCGAAACAAAGAAGAUCAUGAACAUGAACAAGAACAAGGUGGAUGUCAAGAUCGAGACGAAGAAAGGGUCGAUGGACGAGUGGCCUGAGCCAGUGGUCCGAGUCCAGUCCCUAGCCGAGAGCAACCUCUCCUCUCUCCCCGACCGGUACAUCAAACCGGCCUCUCUACGCCCCACCCCGGCCCAAGACGCUGCCGCCGCGACCAACAUCCCAAUCAUAGACCUGGAAGGGCUCUUCUCGGAGGAAGGGACGUCCGAUGACGUCAUCAUGGCUCGGAUAUCGGAGGCUUGCCGAGAGUGGGGGUUUUUCCAAGUGGUGAACCACGGGGUCAAACCGGAGCUGAUGGACGCGGCUAGAGAGAGUUGGAGAGAGUUUUUCCAUAUGCCGGUCAAUGCGAAGGAGACUUACUCGAACUCACCAAGAACCUACGAAGGGUAUGGGAGUAGAUUAGGUGUUGAGAAAGGAGCAAGCCUUGACUGGAGUGACUAUUACUUUCUUCAUCUUCUUCCUCAUCGUUUGAAAGACUUCAACAAGUGGCCUUCUUUUCCUCCCACCAUAAGAGAAGUGAUCGAUGAAUACGGGAAAGAACUAGUGAAUCUAAGCGGGAGAAUCAUGAGGGUGUUGUCGACCAAUCUGGGACUACAAGAGGAUAAGUUUCAAGAAGCAUUCGGAGGUGAAAACAUUGGAGCAUGUCUGAGGGUUAAUUACUACCCCAAGUGCCCUCGACCGGAGCUGGCUCUUGGUCUCUCCCCUCACUCCGACCCUGGCGGCAUGACCGUUCUCUUACCGGACGAUCAAGUCUUCGGUCUCCAGGUUCGUAAAGAUGACACGUGGAUCACCGUCAAGCCUCAUCCCCAUGCUUUCAUCGUCAAUAUUGGUGAUCAGAUUCAGAUACUAAGCAACUCAACGUACAAGAGUGUGGAGCAUAGGGUGAUCGUGAACUCGGACAAAGAGAGAGUGUCACUUGCCUUCUUCUACAACCCUAAAAGCGAUAUUCCCAUCCAACCAUUACAAGAACUUGUAUCCGCUCGUAGUCCUCCUUUAUAUCCUCCCAUGACCUUUGAUCAGUAUAGACUCUUUAUCAGAACUCAAGGUCCACAAGGCAAAUCCCAUGUUGAAUCUCAUAUUUCUCCUCGGCCUCGUUGAUUGUUUCUUUUUUUUUCCUAUUAAGAAAAAAAAUUAAUGUUAUUAAUUUUGUAAUUUCAGGAUAUUACAUCUGACUUGUAUAUGAUUGUACAAUCAUUUUUAUAUUUUGAAUUUUCAAAGGAUCAUUAUUUAUCUUUAA